GACAUUAAGUACUAAAAUAAACAAUAUUCUUGUGUUUCAUCAUUGAAGUUUCAUUUCAGUCCAUUACAGUUAACAUUGCAACAAGAAUCGAAAGUUUUAACGAAGACUAGGACAGUUCAGUCUGAUUUUCAGUAUAUACGGGUGACAUGACAAACAAAUGCACGAAAGUUGUGAGAAAAAGUUUAGUGGCCCUGUGGCUGUUAAAUAUUUCGUCUUUUGGUAUAGAUGAAACUCUAGACAAGGUUCCUGGUUACAUAUCAGGAGAGAUUUUGCCCAUUUGUGCAUUUGCAAGGAAACCCCAGAAAAAAUAGGGUCCCCAGCAACACCAUUUGAACGUUUUGUUUUUCAGCUGAUAUGUUUAAACAUUUAACGAAAGCACAGAUUGCUAAGUGGAAAGUAAUUUGGUCCACCGAAUCAGCUAAUGAUUAGCACCUCUUGUCUUGAAGCUGGGACAAAUGCGAUACACUUUUUGCACUGGGAAUUGGCUCAAAUGUUUUGAUAACACUCAGGGUUGCCAGGCGCAUGCGUAAGUUUUAAGCCAAAUCGUUGUCCGAAAAAAGCCAAAAUAAGCCAAAUUUGUUCUGCUCCAAAAAAGCCAAUAAAAAGCCAAAAAAGCCAAUUAAAUAUCUAAGAAGCCAAAUUCAUUUAAUUUGGUGGAUUGCCUCGAGAGCCGUAUCGUGUAAAUUCAAUCAAAAAAAAUUUAGCCAGGGCGCAGACUGCAUUGUAUUGUUUUAAAAAUAUUAUUGUUACAAAGAAAGUUGAUUGAACGACGCUUUUGAAAUGAUGUCUUGUUGCUAUUAAAAAUAUUCCGGUGGAGGGGGGCAGGUUUCCUACCUCUUGAAAGCCGUUUCCCCAAGUUAUGGAAAUAGGAAAAUUGAGAAUAUUGUUUUUGAGAAUAUUGAAAAUAUUGAGAAUAUUGAAAAUAUUGAGAAUAUUGAAAAUAUUGAGAAUAUUGGAAAUUGUUUUCUUGGACAUAAAAAAGCCAAAAUUAAGCCAAAAAGCCAAACUAUUUUUCCAAAUCCAAACAGCAUUUAAAAAAGCCAAAAUUGACAUAUUUGGCUUGAAAAAAGCCAAGUUGGCAACCCUGAUAACACUUCUCUUUGGAUCAUUACGUCUGGUAAAAUUUCUGGUUUUUCAUUCUUUCUGAGGACUAAAUAUCAACCUCAUGAGAAAUAAUAAUGUUCAUUUUAAAAAUCCAUUUAAAAAGGGUGGCCAUCUGAAACCAAGAUUUCAAAGGUUGUGAGCUGGUUAAAUUUUAACUCUCAUCUUACUGCUCGAGCUUCUCGCCCAAUUAUUUGCUUUGUCGGUGUAAUUUCGACAUAUAGUCCGCCACACGAGCACAGAAUAGUACAGAGCAUUUUGGAAAAAACCAUUUUUCUAAAUAAAAUCGUUUUUACAAAAAGUCCCUAUCUUUAGCCACUGACAUUGACUUUUUCAAUUUAUGAUUGUAAUUUAUUUUGAGAUUCAAUAGUUGAGAAUACUGGAGUCGAAAUUGGUGCUAGAGAGCGAUGGUUGUGGUGUUCUUGCACGAAACUUCCCUAAAAGUAUUAUAGAGCCUCUAAGAAGGAGUGUAUUAAGGAAAAGCGGGGAGCAUAAAGAGGGAAAGCUACUAGUUCUGUUUGGGUGGCAACAAACAUUCUUUUACUCAGUCUUUUUAUCGUUUCUCUAUUUUCCUAAAUUUACUGGUCUUAUUCAAAUUUUCUUGUUUAUAUUUGUGCGUGCAAAAAUCAUUUUAAUUGAAAGCAAGAAGUUUCUACUUUAACUCUCGUAAACAAAUGACAAAAACUAGGAUCUGUUGGAUUGCAAUGGCCUUUAUGAUAACAAUGUUCAAUAAAAGAGAAUGAAUAUACUAUUUACUGAGGGCUAUUAUCUCUGCUCGAGCUGAGGUACCGAUACGCGGAUGAUUCAAUUCAAAUUUUUGCACUGAGGCGUAAAAGCCCGUCAACAACAACAGAAUGGCAACAAAACUGCUUGUCUCUUGAAAGUACAAUAAUAUUGUCAAAGGAUUUGUGAGAUAACAAUCAUCUUUGCAAAAUACAAAUCUAUGAUACUAACACCGGAUAACAGGCCUAAGCUGCACAGGCAAGAAAACCAGAAAAUAGGUGACUUGAAAACCAGAAAGUAGGCACCGAUGUUCAACAAGACGAAUCUAACGAACGAAACGCCUCCUGAAUUCAAGCAUGGUAUCCUGCCUUUUAACCCAGGCAAUGCUACUGUUUGCUUGCUGGCUGUGCUGCUGAAUGGGGUCGAAAUGGUUAUUAUUAUUCGCAAAAAGAAAAUCCUGAAUUUUGAGAGAACACUUCUCAGCUUAUGUGUUGCCGACAUGCUCGUUUCUCUGUUAUACCUUUGUCAAGCAUUUUACCAACUGGUGCAUGAUGAGUCGAUGUAUGGCCACUUCGCGCGGGACUUAGUACAGUUUCCGCUCGAAAUAUUUGCCGUCAUGUCUUCGGUGACAAAUAUUAUCGUUCUUGGAGUUGACCGAUUGUUAGCAGUCAAAUAUCCUUUAAAACACGCUGGAUGGAUGACCUCUCGUACAAUAAACACGCUUAUAGCGGCUGCAUGGGUCGGUGGUAUUGCAUUAUCUGUCAUUUCAUACGCAAACCGUUUCGCCGCUCCCGCGGAUAAUUCGGAUGCCGCUUGGUUUACGGCCAUGUACAUUUUCUCUGGGUUACUUUUUUCUUCAGGCUUUGCUAUUAUAAUUAUAUAUGGAAUUAUUGUUUUCACUGUUACGAGGCGAGCUGCGAAAAUGAGGCAAAUGCGGCACAGUGAAAGCCAGUCGCGAGGCGAUGAAUUUGCCGUGACGAUAACAUGCAUUUUAGUUGUGGUUGCCUUUACCAUUUGCUCCUAUCCAUACGCUGUCGCACGGCUCAUUUCUAGAAGACCGAUCCUUAAAUUCAAAACGAUUCUGCUCAAUCCGUUAUUGGACCCGCUGGUUUACUUUUUCAAAGGGCUACUUCAGAGGAAACUGAAGAAGAAAGGACCAAAUCCUUCCUUAUCCUUGAGCACCAUUACCAAUAAAACCAAUGACGACAAAAAAUGAACUGUUUUUCAGGGUAUGACCUAUUAGCAGUAGCCACGAAAGUGCCUCUAAGUAUCUGAAUAUCAAAUUAAGAUAUCUGAAGCCUCUCCUUCUGGAAGCCUUGCUAAAAAUGAAAAACCAAAUCCUUCCUUAUUCUUGAGUACCAUUACGAAUAAAACCAAUGACGACAAAAAAUUGAACUGUUUUUCAGGGUAUGACGUACUAGCAGUAGCCACGAAAGUGCAACUCAGUAUCUGAAUAUCAAAUUGAGAUAUCUGAAGCCUUUCCUUCUGGAAGCCUUGCUAAAAAUGAAAAACCAAAUCCUUCCUUAUUUUUGAGCACCAUUACGAAUAAAACCAAUGACGACAAAAAACGAACUGUUUUUCAGGGUAUGACGUAUUAGCAGUAGCCACGAAAGUGCAACUCAGUAUCUAAAAAUCUAAUUAAGAUAUCUGAAGCCUCUCCUUCUGGAAGCCUUGCUAAAAAUGAAAAACCAAAUCCUUCCUUAUUCUUGAGUACCAUUACGAAUAAAACGAUUGACGACGAAAAAUGAACUGUUUUUCAGGGUAUGACGUAUUAGCAGUAGCCACGAAAGUGCAUCUCGGUAUCUGAAUAUCAAAUUAAGAUAUCUGAAGCCUCUCCUUCUGGAAGCCUUGCUUAAAAUGAAAAUGCCAUCUGUCUUCACAGAAAUUCAAGACAAAGUUUGCUUAAAUGUACAAUGCCGUAUUUGUCCAACUAAUGUAAAUCGAAAAUUAUUUGUUUCCUUGUCAUGGAAUCUCGUUGAAACUUGAAGCAUUUUGGCCCAAACAAGUACCAUUUGGCUGUCGUAAUCCAAGUGUCUGAAAACAUCAGAGAAUUUAAGAAGGAAGAUUAAACAUUAAAAUAAAAAAAGAAAAGAAUUCGAAAUUAAAAAGAAAAAUAAAAAAAAGAAAAUUCCCACCAACUGGAAGCUUAAUGCCUUCCAGUGCAAAUAGGUUUUACUUUCGUACUUGAGAUGUAAUAUUUGUUUAAGACUAAUUAUAUUUAAUGUUUUAAGUAUUUCACAUAUCGUUACUAUUAUCUAAAAAUUAGCGUCGUUAUAUAUGGUUUUAAUUUCUGUUUAAGCAUUCUUUCUUUCAAAUUUUAAAGAAACCAUAUUGCGCAUUUUUGACAGUCAUAUGGUUAGGUAGAAGACGAAAGUAAGUAAUGUUCGGAGGACAAUUGUCGAAGAAGUUAGCAGUGAUUAUAUUUGGGAGUCGAAGGCAAAGAGUAGCAAAAUGAUGAAGUCAUGUAAAGCUAUUUUUAGAAUUUUAGCAUUUUGUACAAAUGACCUGGCGGAACACCAGAUGUGUCGCAAAUUUGCUGAACACAUAAGCUGUGUGAAAUUGCCAUAUGCUGGUGACUCAAGUUCAGUACUACAGAUAAUGGAUAAGAAAGACAACGAUUUGUUGUUAAGGCUCCAAUUCUAAUUCCAAUAGAGGGCUAUAUAACUUCGAUAAAUCUUAACGUAAAUUCUAGCUUAGAUUGCAAUUUCGAUCCGUUCUAAUUAGAUGUCUUCUCUAAUCUCGUUCAAUUCAAAUCUAAUUUCUAUCGCUUAUUUCAACGUGUACACUAAGUAACUUGUGCUUCAACAGCAACAACUAUAUCAAAGAGUACGUCAUACCAUACAAUUUCUUACAUAGGCUCUUUCCAAUUCAAAUCGCUGAAAUUUGGUCUCUUUAUGAACCAAGCCAAAAUAACAACAAUCCGUUAGCAAACUUCAAGUUUUUUUUGUGGCCAUUAGUCACCCAACAUGUUUCUCUCAUCGGAGUUAUUUUCUAUGAAUGGUGUUUUGUGACAUCACACUUAAGAACUUGAUUGCAACUACGCGUCUCCUAGAGAGAGUUCUUUGCUUUCAUGUUUUCCCUGAAAUUUCAUGUGAUUUUGGAGUGUUUUCGAAACCACUACGAUAUAACUUCAUGGAUCCACUAUUAAUGUUGCAGCAUUUACACAUUCGGUUUACUUGGGUAAACUCUCGCCUUUUAUCGUGACUCGGUGCCUUUAUAUUAACGAUAAAAAUCAAGAAGGAAGCUGUGUAGAAUCUUGGCAUAAUUUCUGUUAUGCGGUUAUUAAGCUGAGUUUCAUAACAGAUGAAUCCCAACUGUCAGUGUAGCUAUAUGCAAAAUGCACACCCACAAAAAGCCUUUUGUAGAUGUUAUCUUAAAGAUAAAUUUUUUCUAUGCAAAGUGAAUUCCUUGCUUGUCGGUACUUCUGUAAGGAGCAAAUAAUCAUUUUAACAUUAAAUACUUUUUUCAUGGUUUUAUGUAGCUAUAUUUCAUAUUCAUUUUUUAAAUCACAGUUGUCAUUCACGUCUUAUCUUCUCUUUAUCCUUUAUCCUAAAGCCAUUUCCAUUAUUUGAGUCAGCCUCUUUUACCUGUCUUGUCUUGAUAAAUAAAAUAUAUACCAUAUUCCCGCUUUUCAAAAUGACACUUCAUUCACAAAAACUAAUAUCCAUGAUAUACAUGUCCAUACAUUUCUGGCCUUCCAUACAUAUCUAAAUUUCAUAAUAUCUAAAUGUCCAUACAUAUUUAAAUUUCACCGUUGAUAUAUAUUUCACCAAUAAGAGAACACCGGCUACUUGCAAAAGAAGCGCUGUUCCCCGAAAACAAGAUAACCUACUCAUUCGAGUAAAUAAUACUUUUGAAAUAUCUUUCUUUCUUAGAAUCCCGCUUUAACAAACGACAAAUGAAUUUUGUGAAGUGUUUGUUCAAACCUAUAAAUUUCCAUACAUUGUUAAACAAGAGUUGUUGUUUAUAGGGAUGUUUUUGUUUGUUGGGGCUUCAACAAAGAGAGCGGCGCAACACCCCAGCCCCAAUCUCAGUAGCAAACACCCUCUCAUUGUAAACUGAUCACUUAAUUUCAUGCCGUAUGAAGUUAAAGUCAUGUUUUUGUCACCCACCCCCUAUUUAACAUGUUCUUUGCUCUUUGUUUAUGGUGCAUCCGGUUUUGUUGCU